CAUUCGCCUCGCGCAUUGUUUGCGGCUCUGCAAAUUGUGAUGGAAGCCCUCCAGAAGCCAUGCGGAUUGGUAGAGCUUUACCGGCCAGCCAAUGGGACGCCUGACAUCGACAUCAUUGCCGUGCACGGUUUAAAUGGCGAUGCCCGCCGUACAUGGACCAACCCGGAAACCAGAGCCUGCUGGCUUUCUCACGGAGACUUCUUGCCACUCCAUAUCAAAAGUGCGAGGGUCCUGAGCUGGGGCUAUAACUCCAGUUUUAGCUCUAUUUCUGGCGCCUUACCAUCUAACAACCUUAUUCACCACCAUGCACAAACGCUGGUGGCUCAACUAGCUGCAGACAGGAUAGUGAGUAAGCACGAAUCUACGAAUAGCUUGAUUCAUAUUAACCAAAUGCAGCUGGAGAGCCAAAAUGACAGUCCCAUAAUCUUUCUUUGUCAUUCACUGGGUGGUUUGGUCGUGAAGCGAGCUCUUUCAUACUCGAAGUCUCGCGAAGACAAUGAAACGACGUACAGCAUCUUCAAAAAUACCUUUGGGAUGCUCUUCUUUGGUACACCACAUCGGGGUUCCUCACACGCCGACCUGUUGUUGACCUUGCAGAAGCUCGCCACGCUGGCGCUUCCACGGUCAUUCAUCCAAAAUGAACAGGUCCUUGUCAACGCCCUGAAAUACGAGUCGGAGACCCUGCAAAAUAUCACAGAUUUCUUUGAUCCUCUCAUCAAGUACUUCCAUAUUCAUUUCUUCUGGGAGGAAGAGAAGACGGACCUUCGUUACAAGAAGGAAUACAUUGUUACUAAGGAUAGUGCUGCCCCAGAAUACGAUAAUACGGAACGAUCAGGCAUCGCGGCGACUCAUUCCAACAUGGUCAAAUUUGGUACGACUUCUUCUCCGGGCUUCCGCAUAGUCAUGGCGACACUUUGUCGAUAUUACGACCUCGCCGUGGCUAAUAGAAGGAGAGCAAGUUCUACAAGCUCACUGCCGCCUUACUCGCGUGAACAAUAUACGAUGGCGACAACUUCGACUUCGAAUGUCGAUACACAGCGCGUUGAUACACCACAGCAUCAUUCUGCAGCGGCAUCACUGUAUAUGCCGGCACUUCCGGCUGCCAUCGAACCGCUCGUGAUAGAUGGGUGCAAAUACACAUUUGGUAGAGGCGCUCCCACGCCGAGGGCGACAACGCAGGGAGACCAUCAGGCGGCACACAACUCUCUACGUUAGGGUUUGGGCGGUCAACCUUUGUGCGCCACGACACAAGAUGCAGUGAGACAGUCCAGUCGCUACUUGAUAAUAUAGUUGUCUUAUUUCGU